CAAAGCUUUUCAAAACUGGUUUCACACUUCAAACACUACAUUUCAGCCAAUUUUUUUUUGGGGAUAUAACCAAUAUGGCGCUACAAUUAGCUGAUGGAAAAAUUCGACUUCACACACUUAACAUGUAAUCAUGCAGAUGUGUCCACCCCCUGAGUUGUACCUGGUACGCAUAAUGUGCCACAUCCGCAUGAUAUCUUGGUAGUGUGUGAAGCCAUUUUUAUUUUCUUCUCUAGUUCAUUGUUGCAUCAUAUUUGUUAGAUGCCCAAAACAUUGGUUGAAGUGUAAUGUUUUCCGUAUAGACACAGUUUUAAAUUAUUUUAUUUAUGAAAAUGACUGUUUUAACGACUGGGAUUCAUUUUAUACAUACUUGCCAUCAUCAAACAUCGUCAGGCACCAUUUUCGCAAUAUUUUGGGCGGAACAUUAUGGUGAUUUUGAGGUUAAAAAGUGACAAUUUAAGGCACAGCACGCCAUCCCCUAACAAUUUUUAACUCCAUGCUUGUAACGAAAUUUAAAAAAAAUUGUAAAAUCCGUGAAUAUUGAGCAUUAUGCGCUUUCUUUUUUGCCACUUUAUUUAUGAUCGUAAAUUUCAAUGUCUUUGAAUAUAGUGCAUACCAUAGAAUAAUGAGUAGUGUGCUGAUCAUCUAGAAAGGGAGGGAAAUGUCUGGUAAUAGGGAUAUAAGGUCAUACUUCUCAAUUGGAGCUUCUAAAAUUAAAAAGGAUGUAAAAAAUUCACUAGAAGAUGAUGAAUUUGUGCCAAAGGUCAAGAAAAAAUGUGCAGCUGUAAUAAUUUCAGACUCUGACGAUGAUGAACCAAGGCCCUCGCCAGCUAAGCGUCAGAAAAGUUCGGAGUCAGAUAACCAGAAGGCUACUACUAAAAAUAAAAAUGUGAAGCCGUCAGAAACAAAACCAGUUCAGAAAGUUAAUCCAUCUGAUGUUUAUGGAACUGCAAAGGUUAAAAGAGCUACAGUCAAGUCACCUUCUAAAACAGAUCAUAAGAAUUUUAAAGAAAGAAUUGAAAAAGACCAAGCUGUUGAUAAUGAAAAGAAACAAUCAGAAAGAUUGAAACUAGUAAAUGGUAAGACUGUGAAGAAACGUGAAGCAAUCCUUGACAAGGAAAGUAAGUAUUUUGUGAAGGAAGAAAGUCCAAAGAAAGUUGGCAGUAGUACAGCAAAUGAAAAUCGCAGUUCACCGAGGAACAAAAGUAAGGCGAAAGAAAAUUUAAAACAGUUCCAAGCAUGUGAAAAAUCUUCAGAAGUCAUCCCUGCAGUGAAGCAACCUGUGAAAAAUAAUGCGCAUGCAGCCACUGCGACACCCGAAAAACUGAAAGGCAAGAAGCGCAAAGCUACCGAGACGAUCUCCAGUCCAGCAAAGAAGCGCUCCCCACCGGUAGAAACGGUCGCUGGCAAGCAUAAGAGCAAACACUCCAGUAUCGCCAGCACCGAGCCUAAGACUGAACAUGAAGACGAGGCCAACGUACAGGGAAGUUCUUCGAAUGCCACGCCUCGGGGUCACCUCAAAGAGGAUGCGAAAAGCAACAGAGGUGCCACCCGCGAACCAACCACGCCUGUCGCUCACGCUGCAAGCCCGUCUGUGGAGAAGAGCAAGCAGAAUGCUUAUAACUACCAGAGGUAUCUUCAGAGAGAAGGUCCGAAACACCACGGAGCCAAAGUUCUUCCCAAGGGCAAGCCGAACUGCCUGGCGAAGAUGGUUUUCGUGGUGACGGGCGUUUUGGACUCACUAGAGCGGGAGGAGGCAGUGUCCCUCAUACAGCAGCACGGAGGGAAAAUUACGUCUACCGUGAGCCGCAACACUACCUACCUGGUCGCAGGCGAAGAGGCCGGACCUUCUAAGCUAGCCAAGGCAGAGUCAUGUAAAACGCCGAUAAUUGACGAAGAUGGUCUGCUGGAUUUGAUACGAGAGAAAUCCGGCAUACCGAAAGGGCAAGCGGAAGUCUCGGAUGCAAGUGGGAAAGAGGAAAUCGAACACGAUAUUGUCGCAGCUCCUACAAAGAACAAUUCGCGCGAGGCCUCGGGUUUCGCGGAAAGCAGGAGUCGCGCUGCAAGUGCAGAUCGCGACGGGCGGGAGGUUUCCAGCCCGCCCAGCUGUUCCGGAAGUAUCGGUAGCACGGUGAGCUCCGUGCCGAGCACAGAGUCCCUGCUGUGGGUGGACAAGUACCGGCCUGCCAGCAGCAAGAACGUCAUUGGCCAGCAGGGUGACCGCAGCAACCUCAAGAAGCUGCAGAGGUGGCUCUCGGACUGGCACGCCAAUCACUCCGGCCACAAGAAGUUGGUGCGGCCAAGUCCUUGGGCUAAAGACGACAAUGGAGCAUUCUUCAAAGCUGCGUUGCUGUCCGGACCGCCUGGAGUAGGUAAAACCACGACAGCUCACCUCGUAUGCAAGGAGCUUGGCUUUGACGUCGUCGAAUUCAACGCGUCGGACACUCGAUCCAAGAGACUUCUCCACGAGGAAGUCCAAGAACUGUUGAGGAACAAAUCACUGUUUGGCUACUUCAAAAACGGAGCGAGGGCGAGGCCGACGGAGAAGCACGUGCUCCUGAUGGACGAGGUGGACGGCAUGGCGGGCAACGAGGACCGGGGCGGAGUCCAGGAGCUGAUCCAGCUGAUAAAGAACACGAGGGUCCCGGUCAUCUGCAUGUGCAACGACAGGCACCACCCCAAAAUACGCAGCCUCGUCAACCACUGCUUCGACCUGGGCUUCAGCAAGCCGAGGGUGGAGCAGAUAAAGGGGGCAAUGAUGUCCGUAUGUUACAAAGAAGGAAUAAAAAUCACACCAGAAGCGCUGACGGACAUAAUCACUGCUGCGAAUCAAGACAUCAGACAAGUUCUUCACCACUUGUCGGUUUUCUCUGCGAACAGUAAAACCAUGUCAACUGAACAAACCAAGAAAGAUGCAAAUGACGCUCGCAAGAUUUUAAAAUUGGGUCCUUGGGACGUGGUGAGGAAAGUAUUUUCAGCAGGAGAACACAAGAAUAUGUCCUUAAUAGACAGAAUGGAUUUGUUUUUUCAAGACUACAAUAUUGGACCGUUGUUUGUGCAAGAGAAUUAUUUGUCUGUUGUACCACAUGCCGCUAAGGGCAAUCCUGUUAAGACCUUGGAGUGUGUGGCGGAAGCAGCGGAGAGCCUAACCAUCGGCGAUGUUGUGGAGAAAACCAUUCGCAGUAACAAUAGCUGGAGUCUUCUGCCUGUUCAGGCGGUCUUCUCGAGCGUGGGGCCAGGGGAGAGCAUGGAGGGCCACCUCACGGGCCAGAUAGCCUUCCCCGCCUGGCUGGGCAAGAACUCGCGGGCCCAGAAGUUCAGCCGCCUUCAGCAGGAGCUGCAGUGCCACAUGAGGCUCAGGGUGACCGGGGACAAGCAGGCGGUGGGGCGGGACUACGUGCAGUCCCUGCGGCAGGCGGUGGCGGGGCCCCUGGCCGAGCGGGGGGUGGAGGGCGUGGACGACGCAGUGCGUGUGCUGCAGGCGUACAGCCUCACCCGGGAGGACCUGGACAGCAUCCUGGAGCUGGCCGCCUGGCCCGGCGCGCCGGACCCCAUGGCGGGCGUCGACAGCAAGGUGAAGGCAGCCUUCACCAGGAAGUACAACAAAGAUGUAGCAAUGUUGCCGUACGCGGUUGAUUCUGUAAAGAAGGUUGCUGCAAAGGCCGCCAUGCUUGGUGAGGGAGAAGAAAUUGACCCUGAAGAAGAGACUGAAGAGAGUCAAGAAAAUGAUGAUGUGGCUACAGAUUCCAUGAUCAAAGCUAAGAAGAGACCUGCGGGCAAGCAGAAGGAGGCAAAAGAUGAAAAAACGAACUGUUCCAAUGGUACUAAGAAAGCCCGAGGGAAAGGACGAGGAAGAUGAGAUUUGACUUAGCUUCCUCCUUGACAAACCACAAAACUUUUUUUGUUCCUUUUCCUUCCUUGUAAAUAUAAAUAUUUUCAUAUCUACUUUAUGGACUGCUGUGAAGAUGUUUCAUCAUGAUUUAGUUUAGAAGUUCAGUUCACCAUUUGUGUCAAACUGUCAAUAUUUUUUUUUUGUAUUUUGAACAUCCAUUAGAUCUGAAAUCAUUGUUAGUUAUAUGCAGGUUUUAACAUUGUAGUAAUCGUGUUGAACUAUGUAAUGUAUGUUAUUGAAACAUAAAUUGUGAGUUAGUAUUUCCUAAUCAGUGAAUUGCUUGUUAUUUUAAUCGUUUGUGAAUAAAAAAAAAACACUUA